CCAAUGUUUAUUAUCUGCCAAUAAUUCAAUUCCACUAUCAAAACCUGCAAAUUAAAAUGGAAAAGGCAACACUACUUAUUAAGCUUCCGCUUCUUACCCUCUUUCUGCUAGUAUCAUCAGCCUCGUCUUCGGCACAGGCGAACGCCGCCGGACGGAAGGUGGGCGGGAGGACAGAGGUGAAGGACGUGAAGAACAACGAGGAGGUUCAAGAAUUGGGAAGAUAUUGCGUGCGCGAGUACAAUAAGGUCCUGCAGGAGAAACAAGGCGGCGGCGGCUUGCUUAGCUUCUCGGAGGUGGUCAAGGCGGAGACGCAGGUGGUUUCCGGGUUCAAGUACUACCUCAAGAUCUCCGCCGCCAGCUCCGGCGGCGCUCGAAGGAUUUACGAUGCUGUUGUAGUGGUCAAGCCCUGGGCCGCCGAUUCUAGGGAGCUUCUCGACUUUGCACCCUCUCCCGACUCCGACCACCCAAGUAAACAAUUCCUUGACAUCUUAGUAUAAUCUAUCUGAUCUUAUGAUUAUAUAAAUUAUAAUCAUGUCGAUCUCUUUUGAAUGGUUAUUGUUCAGUGAUGAAAUAAGGAAAAAGAAUCACGGUCCGAUCUGAAAGCUAAUUAAUAAGGUUGUAUUUUCGGUUCAAUUUUCAAUUAUUGAAUUCUUUGACCAUUUGGAGUAAUAGCUAGGGAAGCCUGUAUGCAACUCCAAAUUAA